AGCGCCGUCGGUCGCGAACCGAGAGCGCGCGUCGCGGCACCGUUACUUGAAUAUGGUGCAUUUGCCGGUGCGGAAAUGUUUCCAAGUGGCUCGAGUGAGUGUGAUAUUGGUGACGGUGGUGACGAUCCUCGUGAUGGUGGAGCGGUGGCGCGGCGGGCGGCGCACCGUCGGCGCGCAGGAGACCGACCCGCUCGAGGCCGAGUAUGAGAGGCAGGUGCUGGAGGAUGAGGCGCGCAUCGUGCCCGGGCUGGGCGAGGGCGGAGUCGCCGCGCACCUCACGGGCCGCGACCGCGAGCUAGGCGAGGAGUCCGAGAAAAGCCUCGCCAUCAAUGUCUAUCUCAGCGACCGUAUCGCUUACAACCGAUCGCUCGAAGACCACCGCAACCCAGCGUGCCAGCGGGUGGUGUACGACGCAGAACUCCCGUCGGCGUCAGUGAUCAUCAUCUUCCACAACGAGCCGUACUCCGUGGUCCUGCGCACCAUCUGGUCCGUGGUCAACAGCGCCCGGCGGGACCGGCCCUGGUUCAGGCGCGCCAACUUUGUUGACCGCGAGUCUGGACGCACCAUGACUUUAGGUUACCCAGGCCAGGACCCCAGCUCGCAGCUGGUGUACCUGAAGGAGAUCAUCCUGGUGGACGACAACUCCACGCUGCCGGAGCUGAAGGGCAAGCUCAGCCACUACGUGCGCACGCGCCUGCCGCCCGACCUCAUACGGAUACUCCGGCUGCCCGAACGCGUGGGUCUGACGCGCGCUCGGCUGGCGGGCGCGCGGUACGCGGGCGGCGAAGUGCUGGUGUUCCUGGACGCGCACUGCGAGGCGCAGCCCGACUGGCUGCGGCCGCUGCUGCAGCGCAUACGGGACGCGCCGCACGCCGUCGUCAUGCCCAUCAUCGACGUCGUCGACUACUCCAACCUGUACUACAGCGUCGGCGACCCUCGCUCCUUCCAGGUUGGAGGGUUCACGUUCAUGGGUCACUUCACAUGGAUUGACGUCCCGGAGCGGGAGAAGAAGAGGCGGGGAUCAGACAUCGCCCCCACCUGGUCCCCAACGAUGGCGGGCGGGCUGUUCGCCAUCAACCGCGAGUACUACUGGGAGCUGGGCGCCUACGACGAGCAGAUGGCCGGCUGGGGCGGCGAGAACCUCGAGAUGAGCUUCCGGAUCUGGCAGUGUGGCGGCACGCUGGAGACGAUCCCGUGCUCCCGUGUCGGCCACGUGUUCCGCAACUUCCACCCGUACGGGCUGCCGGCCAAGUCGGACACGCAUGGCAUCAACACUGCUCGCAUGGCGGAGGUGUGGAUGGACGACUACAAGGAGCUGUUCUACCUGCACCGCCCCGACCUCAGGAAGAGUCCAAAGAUCGGCGACGUGACCCACCGCAAGAUACUCCGCGAGAAGCUUCAGUGUAAGAGCUUCGAGUGGUACCUGCAGCACGUGUACAAGGAGAAGUUCGUGCCGGUGAGGGACGCCUUCGGAUACGGCAGGUUCCGCAACGUGGCGUCAGGUCUGUGCCUGGACAACCUGCAGCGCGAGGACGACGCCUCCCCCCUGGGGGUGUACCCCUGCCACGAGACGCUGCAUGGCACGCAGUACCUGUCGCUGGCGCUGGACGGGCAGCUGCGGGACGAAGAGCGGUGCGUGGAGCUGCAGUACGUCAGGCAAGCGGACAAGGUGGCCAGUAUCGCCACGGACGACGAGGGCGGCGAGGGUCGCAAGCUGCUGAUGGUGGGCUGCACCAAGCGGCACCACAACCAGAAGUGGCGCUACACGCGAGCCAAGCAGCUGGUGCACGUGGGCACGGGGCUGUGCGUGGACGCGGGCUGGGAGGGCGGCGUGGCCGUGCGGGCGCGCCGCUGCCGCGAGCGGGCGCCCGAGCAGCGCUGGGACAUCGACUACAGCGAGGACAACGGCUUCAGGCUCGCAGAGGACGUGGAGCCCAGCGAGGCUGAGCUGACGUUGCAGAAGUUGCGAGGACAGAGGCGCAUCUCUCGGUCUCUGAUGUCAUACGGCGACGACGCAGACAACGUCACCGCCGCCAACGUCGACAGCGUGCGCAGGCACACGCACAAGAAGCGCAAGCACAAGAAGAGCAGGAAGCACAGCAAGGUGAAGCGGUCCCGCGUCAAGACCAAGAACAAGUUCAUCCUGAAGCUGGUGAGGGCGGCGGGCGGCAACGCCAGCGAGGACCACCUCGAGGUGGACAUCCACUGCAAGCACCGCCAGCUCUACCCCAACAACAGCUUCGUGCGGGACAUCGUCACCAUACUCAACGACAAGAACAUCAAGGUGAUAAACAACGGGCGCGUGUUCGAGCGCAACCGCGUGACGGAGCUGGUGCGGGACCCGCUCACCAUGCGGCACAAGGAGGCCAAGGUGCUGGAGAAGAUGGCGGUGGAGCAGCGCCCGCCCGCCCCGCCGCCCGUGGAGCAGCCCGCCCCACUCGCCAACAAGGAGGUGGCGCGCAUCUCCGUGCCGGCGCCGGCCCGCUGGCCGGGCAGCGGCGCGGCGGCGCCGGCCAAGAAGCGCAAGCUCAAGCCGCGCCCGCCGCCCGCCGCCGCCGCCAGCCAGGCCAUCAACGCCAUCAACAACGCGCUGGAGGCCGAAGACACGAUGUACGCCGCGGAGACCCCAGUGGACGACACCCUCAACGACAAGAAGAUCAUCAUUGAGGACUUCGUCGAGGUGAAGCCGGGGCUGGCGGCCACCGGCGAGCCAUACAAAGUGCAGCGCGCGCUGGGCCGCGCCACGGUGAAGAAACGCAAGCGCAAGCACGGCCGCCGCGGGGACCCGCCCGCAGCCAUCGAGGCCGCCGCGCCGGACCAGCCGCGCCCGGAGCGGACGGAGCGCGCGCAGCGGGCGGAGCGACCGGAGCGGGUAGCCGUGGAACGGCCCGAGCCCCCGGCGCACCCUGAACCGAGGAAGAGGGCCCGGGUGGUGCCCGACUACGAGGACGACUCCAUGCGGCUGGAGUCGGCGCCGCCGCCGCCGCCCACCUUCGAUGAGAUGCAGGUGCCGGUGGUGUCGGGCGAGGUGCCCCCCGAGGCCAGCAAGCGGUCGGCGCAGCUGGAGCGCGUCGAGAGCACCGACAGCGCCGAGCGGGACGACGCCGCCUCCGACCCUGACGCCGACGACUGGUUCCUAGGUGAUUUCCGCAGUAACACGUCACGAGGCGGCGCGCGGCGGGCGAACGCGGAGGCUGACGAGGGGCAGGUGGAGCUGGGCCAGCCGAGCCCGGUGUUCCGGGCGGGCAACCGGUCCGUUGCGCACGCGCACGCCCCCGCGGGCGCCGAGCGGCCCGUGCUGCGGGCGGCCAGCGCGGUGCCGCUCAAGGUCAUCAUGAGGAGCAACCUCACCUUCAACCUCGGGGACGAGUUCUUCAAGUGGCGGACCUCGGAUGAUGUCGCCGACAUCCUGGGCGAGCUGGCCAUCCCGCUGAACUCGUCCCGCGCGCCGCCCCCGCUGCACGCCUGGGUGCGCCCGCGCCCCGCCCCCGCCCCCCCCCCCGCCGCCCCCGCGCCGCGCGCCCUCGCCGCCGACGACAGCUCCUCCUCCGAGAGCGCCGACGACGAGCGGUAG